CACCGAUGCUUCCAGUCUCCGUAUUCAUGUUCACGGUUACGUAAAGGGAGCACGUGCAGGGAGGUGUUACCUGAGAGUUGAGGGGAAUCAGUGGAGUGGACGUCUCUGCCGCACAUUCUGACACUUACUGUUUCCGCCUCCUUCUUCUUCUCCGCUUGUACAGUGUGUUAGCAGCUCGGCUUCUGAAAUUAGCUUCACCGUCACAUCUCCGCCCGCCUGCUUCUGUUACCACAGAAGCUUUGAAGUGGAGCACCAAGAGCCCUCCAGACUACAAGACAACACAUAACAAGGCAUAGCUAGGUACCCCCCCACACGCUGUUUCUGCUGCUGCUGCCGCAGACGACAGUGGAGUCCUGACCACAGAAGAGAGGGUGAGGAGGAACCAUGUCCACCGACCAGGACCCAACGUUCUCAGUCAAGCUGCUGCAGCUGAUGCUGCUCUCCACCUACUGGGGGAUGCAGAUUUGGGUCACCUUUAUUUCAAGCUUUGUGAUGGACAGCCACCUGAGCAGACACACGUACGGGUUUAUUCAGAGUCGCCUUGUCCCGUUCUACCUCCACCUGGGCUCAGCUUGUGCCUUCUUCAACCUCACCAUCUACGCUGUGUAUCACCCCAGCGACAUGCUGGACGACAGAGAAUCCUUUCAGAUCUUCAUCUUCUUUGUGUCGGUGACGGUUGCGGCUGUCAACGCCCAAUGGUUUGGCCAAAUGACAUCAGAGAUCAUGGCAGACAUGCACCUCAUUGAGCAGGCGUGCGGACUAGGGCAGGACAUCGGCCUGUCGUCUAACCGUGAAGCUUACGCCAAGCUGUGUGAGUCGGAUGUCAAAUACAGACACCUCAGCAGUCGCCUGUGGCUGUACAGACUGCUGUCCUCCCUCUGUAACCUCUGCUGCAUCGGCUGCAAUUUCUACAGUCUCUGGUACUUGGCCGAGAACCUCGCCACGCUGUAAAACUGACACUCAGCAGCUGGACUGUAACAUCGCUUGGAAGUUGUCCGUUUUUUACCAAUCUAGAAACCUUUUGUAUCAAAGCCAUAAGUUAUAUAUCUAACACCAAAGGUCUGUCUCUUCACACCUGCCUUAAAAUGAAAAUGGAGUGAAAAAAUCUGUUGGUCCCGAUGUUCUUCUAUCUUGAAGAAUAAUGAAAGGAUUUAUCUUCCAUGCAGAGAUUUCAUUCCCACUUCUUUAUCAGUUUUGACAGAGAAAGAGUCAGUCAAGCUGAAUUUCUCUCUGACAUGUUCUAGGGAGACAAAUCACUUCCUGCAAUGAGCCUAAUGACUGAUCUUUCACCUAGUGAGAGGCUGGUGGCUGGUGCCUUACAAUUUAUUUUUUCACUGUUAUCUUUACCUUGAUAAUAAGGGUCAUUAUAGGAGUCUAUAAAAGGGAAUGCUUUUAAAACUCCAGAGACAAUGCAGGCAGAAAAUGGCUCAAAUUAACUGAACUGCUUUUUAAACGAAGCAACAGAAAGGCAUGUUUAAGUAAUACAACUGCGGCUGUGCUGCUUGGUCCUGCUCUCCCUGUUUGGGUGGAGUUUUUAUACCUUGCUCACAGUGUUGUGUCACAGGUUUAUCUGGCUUUCCAGAAGAUUGAACGUGAUACUAUCUUUAUCUCUCCUGGCUGCUGUUGCUGCUGCUGGUAUAUAAAUAGGUAAAAAACUUAAAGUAUAUGGUAAAUAAUUACAUCUGCAAUCCAUACAAAACACACUGGCACCAUUGAUUUGAUUGAUGUAAUAAUAAAAUAAUGUAUUGGUGUCUGCAAGUUUUACAUUAUGAUCUAACACUUCACAUUAUGCCUUUAUCGUGAGAUGCUGAGCUCAGGCAGCUCACAACCACUCCUGUGGCUCUAUCUGUGCUGUCGCUACUCUUUACAUCUUCUGGUAUAUUUUAACAUUAACAAAGAAAACGUCAUGAAGACAGACAUUUGUUUAAGCCAUGGUCUUCUUCAGAUAGGACUUAUGCAAAUAAAAUAAAAAGCAUUAUUCAGCAGCUUUAUGCUGCUGUGAGAGCACAGUCUUCAUUUGUGGCUGAGAGGGAAUGAACCACAGGCAAAAGUCUGUUUGAAAACCUGAAUGGCUUUUCAGCAGUCAACAUCCCAGGAUGAUCUUCAAAAUCACAUCAGACACACUAUAUAUAUAUUGAUAUUGGUGAAGGAUUUUGUGCUUUAUUUUACAAACCUUCAACCACUGAACAUAAAGACAAUAUUUUAUUAAAGCUAAAUCAUUUCUUCAGUUGUACUCAUACAAGUAUGGGUAAUGUGCUCUUGCAAUAAUGGUCUGAGCCUUUUUUGGCAUUGUUGUUGAAUCUGUGGUUUGUUUGUUUUAUAUUGUGUUGUCUCUGUGCACGUUGAAACCAUGUUGUCCUGCUCUGACAGCACCUCCUUGUUGUAACCUCCUCCUGAAGUGAUACUGCAGCUCUGUGACCUCUGUUCUUCUGGUUUGUGUUUGUGACUGUGAGAAACGUCUAUUAUACCAAAGUAGAAAAAUACUUGAACACAGUUGAACAGCUCUAAUCUGGGCAGGGUAUGGACUCUGUUCCUCUCUUCUUCUGUUUUUAAUAGUUAGUUCAGACUGGACUGAUUAAGGUGCUUAUAUCUGUCGUUACUGGCAAUAACAAUGCAAUAAUAUUACUUGGUUGUUUUAAAUUCCACUUAGUUUGUCUAUUAUAAUUUGAUUAACCUUGGAUACAUCCAUAUUAACAUAAAAGCUCUUUGUGGAUAUGGAGUUUUAGAUAUUCUCACAUAAGUCUCUUAAUGAUGUUAAAGAUAAUGGGUUAAACUAUUUUGGUGGUGGGUUUAUAUUGAGAUGUUUUCACCUGUGUGGUUCUAUGUUUUGCAUAAAAAACAAGUUCUCAAAUCUA